UAACAACUGACGUAUGUUCUGUGCUAUCACUCUAGUAUAAUUCGUGCAACGAUGACCGCUCAUCGUUGAUCAGAAGGUUAGCAAAAGUAAUUCGCGCGAUUAUUCCGUAUUUUUCAGUGGGCACGGCUCUGCGUAGAUACAGAAGAGUUUCUAAUUGAACUUUGCACGAAGAUUCGGACAUAUAAGCGAAGUCUUUGGAUUCACAAAAGUAAACCCAGCAAAAAUGUCGUUCGUUUCGCCAAUGCCUAGUCGCGAAUUUCUUUGGGAUGUUUUCCAAAGAGUGGAUAAAGAUCGUUCUGGUGCAAUAACAGCUGAAGAGCUACAAGUAGCUCUUUCCAAUGGAACCUGGACUCCAUUCAAUCCGGAAACAGUCCGUCUGAUGAUCGGUAUGUUUGAUAUUGACAAAAUCGAUCCUGCUUCUCCAGGUAUGUUUGAUAAAAAUCAAACUGGAACUGUCAGUUUUGAAGAAUUUGGUGCCCUAUGGAAAUAUGUCACUGACUGGCAGAGUUGCUUCCGUUCAUUUGAUCGCGACAACAGUGGAAAUAUAGACCGAAAUGAACUGAAAACAGCCCUCACUAAUUUUGGCUAUCGCUUGUCAGACCAUAUAAUAGAUACACUCAUACGCAAGUAUGAUCGAGCUGGUAGAGGGACCAUCUACUUUGAUGAUUUUAUUCAGUGCUGUAUCGUGCUAUACACGUUGACGUCGUCAUUCAGACAGUUUGACACAGAUCAAGAUGGUGUGAUAACAAUUCACUAUGAGCAGUUUCUAAGUAUGGUAUUCAGUCUAAAGGUUUGAAGGGCGAAAUUCUAAAAUCAAUGGAUUACUGGCUCUAAGUAUUCUACAGCACAUUCUCAUUACGAUUAUUUUUAUUAUUACUAUUAUGUUAAGACCAAUAUAAAACUGCUGUUACACUAUGAUGUUUAAUGCAUUCAGAUAUGGUACUAUGUCACUGUGGCCAAAUUCCAUGUUUUGAUUUAGGCUGAACACAUAAAUGAUGCAGAUUUUAGCGUUUUUUCAUAGAUUCUUAGUAACCACUUCUGUACCAUGACCGAUUUUCAUCACUCAUGGGUCUGAUAUGCCGCAAUUGUGCUUUUUGGAAUCUUUCAGUAUUGGUGAUGCCUAAAUACAUCUAUGUUCAUAUAUAUAUACAUAUACAACUAUAUAUAUUUACCGAUUUAUAUUAUUACGGAAAUGUCAAUUUGUUGAAUACGUUGUAACUUCCAUAUGCCAACUCUGAACGAAACAAUGAUACGUGAUAUGCUCUGUUCCUCUAGCCUAGCAAAUUAGAUGAACAAAUUGUGGAAUAAUUUGAGAAAUAUUUACAUACGUUUCACAAAUUUGUAUUUGAAAAAUUUGUAGAUUUCGACGAGAUAAUUAUUUACUUAUUCGUUCGAAUAAUCGUUAAAUAUUGACAAAUUCACGAAAUACAUCAACUCAAUCUGCCCUAACCAGAUGCGUUGCAUCUUAUUAUUCGAUAUUGUUUCAAAGGAUGCAUAAUCUGUUUCCUGUGAACAUGUGCAAAUGUUAUGAAGUUUGUUUCAGCAUUUCUCGUUACCUAUGUAAUACUUAUAAUGAUAUAAUUCAUCAAAAAACGCCGUCUGCAUUACGUCUUGUUCCUUAUCUGCCAUUAAAUUUUGUCAAUGUUGAUUAUUGAUGUGUCAAAAGAUCAUCAUAUUAUACACAUGAGUAUAAUACUAUUAUACACACAAAUUGCUUGUAAGUGUGCUUUUACUUUCUAUGACUACUUUCAUUAUCUAUGUUUAUCUAUUUUCUAAUUGUUUUUAUAGCUAUUCGAAAAUGUAAAAUAUAUUUAUGAAGAAAAAAUUAUUUUCUUUACAAAA